UGAUCUAAGAAAACAUUCUGAAUAUUCACUCUGUUAACAGAAAAAACAAAGCUAUCACCAUGUCAUUUCAUCCUCGACCCCCGGGUACCACGAUUGUAUCACCCGGAAUUCCGUACAUUGCUCCACCAAUUGUUCAACAACCAAUGAUGCCUGCGAUGAAUCAGCCGCCUCCAUCUACCCGUGGCGGAAGUUUUCGUUCGGGAGCCACUAUCGGUUCACGCCCACAGAUGUACAACAAUAAACCUCCCCCACAGCCGGAACCGGUGUAUGAUGGGCCAAUAGUAACCGUGUUUGUAGGUAAUAUCAGUGAAAAAGUACCGGAUCCGAUGAUUAAACAGAUACUGGCAACAUGCGGCAUGAUGUUAAAUUGGAAACGAGUAUCGACCUUUGGAUUUUGCGAAUACGAUCCUGCAGGAGGUGCACGAGCGGUGCGGUUAGUACACGAUCUUGAGGUUGGAGGCAAAAAGUUGGUGGCCAAGGUGGAUGCCAAGAACAAAGCAUUGUUGGAUUCAUUUCGUGAAGAUGAAAAUAAUGCUGAAAAGACAAAUGAGGCUUCGGAAAAACGAGGCGAUGAUGAUGCGAUGGAAUCGAUCAACCGCAUUUUGGAAGAGUUUCGCGAAGAACUUGCAGCCGCAGAACAGCAGCAGGAGGAUACACAAGCAAAGCAGAAAAAAAUGCUUCAAACAGUCGACAUCGAAGAUGGAAAACGUGACAUCAUCAAUAAAGAGAUUGGCAAGUUCCGCAAAUAUACCGAGGAAGAGGAGUUAAAAAAGGAAAAGGAAAAGGAACGCAAAAAACGGGAGGAAAAACGUGCCGAAGAGAAGCAGCGACGUUCGGUGUCACCACGGAAGGAAAAGAAACCAUCUAAUUCCUCUAGAAGACGCAGCAGGUCGCGAUCACGCGAUCGUGAACGAGAUCGUGAACGGGAGCGCGAACGUGAGCAACGUGAACGUGACAAGGAACGUGAACGCGAGCGAGAGCGUGAACAGCGUGAAAGGGAGCGCGAGCGUGAACGAGAACGAGACCUGGAACGCCAACGCGAACGCGAACGGGAGCGUGAACGAGAACGGGAACGAGAACGCGAGCGGGAACGGGAACGGGAGGAUAGUAAGGUGAAUCGAAAUCCACGGGACAUCCAGAAAGAGAAGGAAAUUGAGGAAGAAGCCCGAGAACGGAAAAAGACCGAGAAGAAGGCUCGCGAUAAGGAGGCGGCAUAUCAAGAACGGUUGCGGAAUUGGGAAGCUCGUGAAAGGAGAAAAACGAAAGAUUACGAAAAGGAACGGGAAAAGGAUCGAUGCAAGGAGGAAGAGCGGGAAAGAGAGGCAAAGCGAUUGAAAGAAUUCCUUGAAGAUUACGACGACGACCGGGAUGAUCCGAAAUAUUACAAGGGCCGAGAACUGCAGCGACGACUGGGUGAAAGAGUUCGUGAAGCAGACGCCGAUUCCAAGGACAGAAACAAAGAACAAGAGGAAUUGGACGAGUUGAAAAAUAAAAUCUUUAGUGGAGAAUAUGACAACCCGACGCUAGAGUUCGAGAAAGCCAAAAAGGAGCGCGAAGAUCUAUACAAACCGAAGAUAUUAAUCGACGUUAACCUAGAACAAUCGCAACAACGUGAACGGGAACUGGAGCGCGAACGCCUUCGGGAAAUCGAACGUCAGCGGGCGAAAGAACGCGAGCGAAUGAACAAAGAGCGCUACGUCCUGGCACAGGCAUCUAGAGAGCUCGCAUCGGUUGAUGCGGAACCAAUUGAGUCUGAUUCAAGCGGGCAGGAAAACUUCAGCUCACCCGCCGGAAGUGCACUACAGGCUGCGAACAGCAGCGCUUCUAAUGGGCCGGGCUCGGGUUCCGCUAGCAUAAUGGAUGGAAUGGGGAAUAGCAAUCACCACCAUCAACAACAUCAUCAUCAGCAUCACCAUCCGCAUCACCAUCAUCAUCAUCAUCAUUCUCACCACAAUGCUACGGAACAGCGAGUAGCUUCUGCUGGACAGCAUCCACCUCAUGCGGGCUCUGAAACAAGGGACUCGUUCGGUUUGAUGGGCCAUAGUGGUAGCGGAACAGGUACAUCUGGCGCACCGAAUGUGAAUCUGGACGAUGAAGGCUCCAGACACUCAAUCCGAUCGAACUCGCAACACGGAAUUCCCGAGAGCCCGGAUGCAAACAGUAACAGUGAAAUGAAUUCUAUAUCGGAUAAAUCGUCGCAUCACCAACACCAGCAACUUUUACCACAGUCGGCAGUUGGUCCGACAAUAAGCCUGAACUUGAAUGUUAACGCGAAAAAGAAAAAGCUAGAAAUGAAAGACGUAUUCAACAGCCUGGACGAUGAUACGGAGGAAUCGAACGGUCCGAAGAAACGUAAACUUGUUCCACUAGAGUACGAAGAAGCCCGAGGCCAGUUGGACACGCCUACUGGAACGGCCAACAGCACACCAGCAGGAACAGCUAAAUCAUCGAAGAGCAAGAAGGACGAAUCCUCUAUUCGAGAAUCGCAAAAGUCACAGGAAGAAAAGCGCAAAAACAUUAAGAGUAUUAUCGACAAAAUACCAACGGAGAAAAGUGACCUCUUUAACUAUCCACUAGAUUGGACUGAAAUUGAUAGUACGAUCGAGAAAAAGAUUCGACCAUGGAUAAACAAAAAGAUCAUUGAGUACAUCGGCGAACCGGAACCAACGCUGGUCGAUUUCAUUUGUUCGAAAGUGCUCGCCGGUAGCACUCCCCAGGGUAUUCUAGACGAUGUGCAAAUGGUACUCGAUGAAGAAGCUGAGGUUUUCGUAGUGAAAAUGUGGCGCCUGUUGAUCUACGAAGUGGAAGCGAAAAAAGUCGGUCUGGCCAAAUAGGGGCGUCAGAAUACGCGCCAUGAUGUUGAUAACGAAGAUGAAAGUCGAUAAAGAUAAAGAAGGAAGCGUAACUAUGUGGCCACAAUUUGGAGUACUUUUAUGUUGGACCGGUGAGUCAGUCGACAGCGGUCGGUGGAAUAGAUAUCGUAGCUUGUUUAAGUUAAUCCGUUAGCACUAGGAAAUUGUUCUACAAUGGGGAAAAGGAUUGUCAUAAAUGAGAACAUUCGCAUCUAAUAAACCUUGUUCCUUGUAAUACUUGCUGAAU